GUCAUCUUUGAUAACAACGCUGAUAACAGCUAUCUAUGGUGUGAUGUAGGUGUGAUGCAAAAGUGUAUAAAGACGAGUUUUCUUGCAAAAAUCUUUAAUUCUCGAUAUUAUUUUUCAAGUUUAUACAGCUUUUAAUGCUCAUUUUCAACCAUCAUGUUACGAAAAUUGAUAAUAAACCCAUCUCGCCUGAAACUACUUCAACAAUCACGUAAUCAUUCAUUCGAUGUAUAUUCUAAAGCUGCUUCACGUCGCCUUCGCCAUAGUGCACACUCGAAAUCAGCGUCGACUACCGUAACCGCCGAAACACCUUCGCUACAAGAUUUCAUAGCCAAAGCUGCUGCAGAGUUGAAAGAACAAGAAGGUGAUCCCGAUGUGAGUGUAGCUAACAUACCUUACUUGGAUAACGAAGCAUUAAAUGGAAGCAACCAAAAAGUAUUUUUCGAAAUCUACGGAUGUCAAAUGAACGUAAACGAUGGCGAUGUGGUUUGGUCAGUUCUAAGUCAAUACGGUUAUAAAAAAACUCAAAACAUCAACGAAGCCGAUGUUAUUCUUCUUGUUACCUGUUCAAUACGAGAAAAUGCCGAAGCCAGAAUAUGGACUCGAUUGAACACGCUGAGUAAAAUGAAAAAGGAUCGACUUUUUGUGACCUGUGGUCAAUCGAAGAUCAAAGUUGGCCUUUUAGGUUGCAUGGCGGAACGACUCAAGGAGAGAGUUCUAGAAAAAGACCGUACAGUAGAUAUAGUUGCUGGCCCUGACAGUUACAAAGAUUUGCCUCGAUUAUUAGCUCUUUCUAAAUCGAAUCAAAAAGCUGUCAAUGUGCAAUUAUCUUUCGACGAAACGUACGCCGAUGUUGCUCCUAUGCGUUUAAAUGAUGAUAUGGUUUCUUCUUUCGUUACCAUUAUGCGUGGAUGUGAUAACAUGUGUACAUAUUGUAUAGUACCUUUCACCAGAGGUAGAGAACGAUCUCGUCCACUAGAAUCGAUAGUGGAAGAAGUAAAAAUACUCUCUGAAAGGGGUAUAAAAGAAGUGACCUUAUUAGGUCAGAAUGUAAAUAGCUAUAGAGACACAAGCAAAUCAGAUAAAAACAGUACAGCUGAUGAUACCUCAAGCUUACAGAUAGUUGAAGGUUUUAAAACUGUUUACAAACCUAAAAAAGGUGGGAUUCGUUUCGCUGAACUUUUGGAUAAAGUUUCUCUCGUAGAUCCAGAAAUGCGAAUUCGAUUUACUUCUCCUCAUCCGAAAGAUUUUCCCGACGAAGUCCUGUAUAUGAUUAAAGAAAGACCCAAUAUUUGUAAAUCCAUCCACUUACCAGCCCAAUCAGGAAACAGCGUAAUUCUAGAGAAAAUGAGACGAGGCUAUACCAGAGAAUCGUAUUUAAAUCUAGUCGAAAAAAUUAGAAAAAUUAUACCCGAAGUUGCGUUUUCUGGCGAUCUUAUUAUGGGAUUUUGUGGCGAAACCGAAGAACAGUUUUUAGACACAUUAUCAUUGGUAGAAAAAGUCAGAUAUAAUCAAUUGUUUACGUUUUCUUACAGCAUGAGAGAGAAAACCACUGCUCAUCGUCGAUAUGAAGAUGAUGUACCUUUGGAAGUGAAAAACAACCGCACUCAUCGUGUUUCGUUACUUUUUAGAGAAAUAGCUACUCAACUCAAUAAACAACAAAUAGGCAAACAGCACCUUGUAUUAGUUGAAGGACAAAGUAAAAAGAACGAAAGCAAAUUACAGGGAAGAAAUGACAAUAAUAUCAAAGUUAUUCUUCCUAGAUAUGAGAUACCUGAUCGUAUCGGUUCAUCAAAUUUAAGAGAAAUUAAACCUGGAGAUUACGUAUGCGUUGAGAUCACGGAAUCGAAUUCGCAAAAUUUCCGCGGUAUACCUCUCUAUCAUACGUCUCUUCAAAGCUUUUAUGCUUCACAACAGCCUGGAAAUGAUUCGGUUCCUGACCGUAAUCGAAGUGUAAUUUAAACAAUGUAAAUAAAUUAUUUUAUUUCA